AAAAAGAAAAACUUUGAAAUUGACAUGAAUGAACUUGAGAAGGGGGAAAAUGGGUCCUUUGUUGGAUGUAAAGGAGUGGGCUUUGCAAAGUAACGACUUUCGUUUCUGCUUGAAUGAAUGUAAUUCUGCUUUUAACUUCUUCAACACGCACAUUUUAUGCAGUUCUUGAGGGGUCAAGAGACGUUACACCAAGUGUCUUGAAGUCCUCUACUGGUUUAGAUGUUUCUAAACUUUCUCCAAAAAAGUGGGGUUCUUCUGGAACCACAAGCAUUCCAUUGGUUGCUCUUCUGGGUGGAGUGUCUUAUCUGCUUUCUCAAGGGAUUGAUAUCAGGCCUAACCUUGCUGCCAUACUGGGCCUAGCCUUUAUAGAUUCUAUCUUCCUUGGGGGUACAUGUUUAGCUUUAAUCUCAAGUUACUGGCCUCCAUAUAGGCGUCGGAUUCUAGUUCAUGAAGCAGGCCACCUCCUUGUUGCAUACCUUAUGGGUUGCCCAAUUCGUGGAGUUAUUUUAGAUCCAAUUGCUGCAAUGCAGAUGGGCAUCCAAGGGCAGCAAUAUCAUCUCUUGUGGACACCUUUAGUCACAGAAUUUAUAAAGGCCCAACUCAGCAUUUUCCUACAGGCUGGAACUCAGUUUUGGGAUGAGAAAAUGAGUAAUGAGCUUGCCGAAGGACGAUUGGGUGGCUCUGCCUUUGACAGGUACUGCAUGGUGCUUUUUGCUGGUAUUGCUGCUGAGGCUCUGGUUUAUGGUGAGGCAGAGGGUGGGGAGAACGAUGAAAACAUGUUUCGCAGCAUCUGUGUCCUUCUGCAACCCCCAUUGUCUGUAGCUCAGAUGUCAAAUCAAGCAAGGUGGUCUGUUCUUCAGUCUUUCAACCUGCUGAAAUGGCAUAGGCACGCUCAUCGAGCUGCUGUCACAGCUUUGGAAAGUGGUGGUAGUCUUAGUAUUGUAAUUAGGAGAAUUGAGGAAGCCAUGUCUUCUGGCAGAUGAUGUGCAGAAAGUACAUAAACAUGCUGGUUUCUGUGGUCCGAUGGUGCUCAAGAGGUAAAUGUUCCAUUUGCACUGAUAGGAAGGCUUAAAUAACUGGUAUUUCUCUGUUGUCUGUGCUUGUAUAGCUCAACAUAGUGAACUGAGGGCAUGGAAGUUCUGAAGCACUUCUCCGCUUAUCGUUCUCUACUGUAUUUCCUGUACAAAAUACAAUUGCAUCUGUCAUCAAUUCUCAGAAAGAUUUUCCUCUAGUGAUAGGUUUCUUACAAGGAGAACGAAUGACUCAACUUUUUUUGAAGUUCCCAAUACAUAUCCUAACAGGCUACGGUUGGUGGAGGGCACAAAGAAGAAGUAACAAAUUUUGAUAUUCAGCUGAUCAUUUUUGACUUAUGUAGUCUCAAGAGAUGGUUCCUCUUGGUAUCUUUGCUGCAUUUAGACUGCAAAUGAGAACGAAGGUUCUCAAACUCUCAUCUUUUUGUAAACAUUUUAGGAUCAGAGUGCUAUUUUUUCCACCACUGUUUCGGUUGGGAGAAUGAUAGGUUUUUGAGCCAUGGCCUUUUGAUUGUACCCCUAAUUAAUUUGGUUCUGGUUUAAGCUUUUGUACCAUUCAAGCUGCGUCCUUAUUCUCUUAGAACAAAAAACUACUUUACUUUGUACAUGCAUUUUAUUUGUAAAAGUUAUCAUUUCUGAGCCAAAUUUGUAAAUGUUGUCAUUAUUUUCCAGUAAAUGACAUUUGGUGGG